AUGGCUGCUACCAGCACGCAGCAGGAUCCGUCCUCUCACCGGUGCACUUAUGAUGCGUUCUUAAGCUUCAGGGGUACAGAUACACGCAAGGGAUUUACUGAUCACCUCUACAGGGCUUUGGAGGUGGCAGGGAUCCACACUUUUAGAGAUGAUGACGAAAUCGAGAGAGGAGCAAAUAUUUCAGCAGAGCUUCAAAAAGCAAUACAAGAGUCUCGAGUAUCUAUCAUUGUCUUCUCCAAGGACUACGCUUCCUCGAGAUGGUGCCUGGAUGAGCUAGUGACGAUCAUGGACCGUAGAGAAACUAAUGAGCACAUGGUUAUGCCGAUUUUCUAUGAUGUGGAUCCAUCCCAUGUCAGGAACCAGACAGGAAUUUUUAAAGAAGCAUUUGCCAGACACCAACAGCGCUUCAACAAGGAGAUGGACAAGGUGGAGAAGUGGAGAAAAGCUCUCAGAGAUGUUGCAGAUUUGGGAGGGAUGGUUUUAGGAGAUCGGUACGAGUCGCAGUUUAUCCAAGAUAUAGUUGAAGUUAUUGGAAAUAAACUGGAUCACACAUGGAAUAGGAGAUUAAGAGUCGAUCCCUAUGUAGUUGGAAUAGAUUAUCGUGUGAAAGGCCUAAACAUGUGGUUAGAAGAUGGAUCAAGUGAUGUUGGAGUAGCUGUAGUCUAUGGGAUGGGUGGAAUUGGCAAGACCACCAUUGCCAAGACUGCUUAUAACCAGAACUUCUAUAAAUUUCAAGGUAGCAGCUUUCUUGCAGAUAUUAGAGCAACUUCAAAACUUCCCAAUGGUUUGGUUCACUUGCAAAGGAACCUUCUUUCAGAUCUCCAAAAGGGGAAAGCAAAGAAAAUAUACAGCUUGGAUGAAGGAAUAAUAAAGAUCAAACGGGCGAUACGUUGCAAAAGAGUUCUUAUUGCUCUUGAUGAUGUGGACAACCUGGAACAAUUCAAUGCAAUUCUUGGAAUGCGAGAAUGGCUUCAUCCAGGAAGUAAAAUAAUCAUAACAACUAGACAUGAACAUUUGUUAAAGGUUCAUGAGAAUUAUGCAAUGUUUAAGGUGGAAGGGUUGCAUGAGUAUGAAUCACUUGAGCUUUUCAGUUGGCAUGCCUUUAGACAACCCCAUCCUAGCGAAGGUUACAUGGAUCUUUCAAGACCUGUAGUGCAACACUGUGGAGGGGUUCCAUUAGCUCUUCAAGUUCUAGGAUCUUCUCUCUUUGGAAAAGCUGCAGAUGUAUGGAAAAAUGCAUUACAGAACUUGGAUGUGAUUACUGAAGGAAAAAUUCAAAAUAUUCUCAGAAUAAGCUUUGAUUCUCUGCAAGAUCAUGACAAACGUCUGUUCCUCCAUAUAGCCUGUUUCUUCAUAGGGAAAGACAAGGAUUUUUCAACUACAGUCCUUGAUGAAUGUGAGUUUGCCACAAACAUUGGAAUUCAAAAUCUGGUUGAUAGAUGUCUGCUGAUAAUUGAUGGAUUCAACAAGUUAACCAUGCACCAAUUACUUCAAGACAUGGGAAGGGGAAUUAUUCGCGAAGAAUCGCCUGAGGAUCCUGGAAAACGAACUAGAGUGUGGAAUAAAGAUGCCUCUAAUGUUUUGAGAAAAUUAACUGGUACAGAAACUAUUAAGGGCCUCAUGCUCAACAUUCCUAUGUUAAUAAAAGAUGAGUCUUCUAAGAUAACAUCCAGUGGAAGUAACAGAAAAAGAUUCCAUGUUGAAGAUUAUGAUGGAAACUGUUCAAGCAGCCGACGUCGGCUUGGUUUCUUCUCCUGGCAGUCAAUUAGUUUUUCUUCAACAAACUCAUUUCCUGUAUCAAAUGAGAUAGGUUUCAAAACAGAGGCAUUUAGAAGGAUGCAAAAUCUUGAACUCCUGCUGCUUGAUAAUGUACAAGUCAGUGGAGGCUAUGAAGAUUUCCAAAAAAUUUAA